GUGCUUAAUGAUUAGCACAAUAAUUUGAUGUUUUGGACCUGCCUACAUGGUGAAUUUGUGUUCGCCAUAUCAGUGACGUGCCCUACAUUAAUAAUAAUCUUAGCGGCUUCGAAUAUGUUGAAUUUUUAAUUCUUAUUCUGGAUUGUCCAGCGGAUGUUAGAUUUGAACUAUCGAAGUCGUCGCCGUCUCGAUUGCUGGUUUUUUUUUUUUGUUAACUUUAAAUUUAAGUGCAAUAUUUUUCAUCAUGAAUGAUCGUCUCGAAUAUUCUAAUAUUUAUUUUGUGUUUCUUAGUACUUUUACUUGUGAGAUAAAUUAGAAACUAGACAACCAGUACAUCAAAAAGUUUUACCAUUAUGGAGGAUCAAAACUCUAAUGCUGACGAUGACAAUGGCGAAGAGUUAACAACAAAGCAGAUGAAAAUUAAAGCUGAAGAAAUUGGUAAACGUUUUGAAAAAUACCAAGGUAGAUACCAAACAUCUUCUAGUCGAUGUAACACACCUUUACCUUUUACUUCAACAGAUAGUGUAGAGUCAAUUCAUAGUAAUAUUACUUCAGACUCAAGUGAAAAAGUUUUAUUAUUCCGCCAAUUUUUAGAAAAUGACAGAAAGUUAGUUGAGAACAGUAAAAUAGAUGAGCAAAGUUAUAGUAAUAAUGAUCAAGCCCAAGAUAGUAUGUUAUUGGAUGCACAAAAUGAGAAUAAAAAAAUUAAUACGAAAUUCUAUGAAAAUAUCAUAGAAACACAACUUCAAGAAAAAAAUAUAAAUUUACUAAAGAAUCAAAUUAUUGAGUUGAAUGAAAAACUUGAAAAUUAUCAUAACAUUAUAAAUGAAAAAGACAUUUUAUUAAAAUCAAAAAUUGAUAAAAUCGAGGUAUUAAACAAAGUAAUCAUGCAAAAGAAUAAAUUGCAUUUGGAAACUACGGAAUCAUUAAACAAAAGAAAUUUGGAAGUUAUUAAUGAAGAACGUUUAAGGUGCAAUCAAAAGAUUAAUCAAAUUGCAGAAGAAUCCGCAGAUUUAAAAAAGGAUUUGGAAAGCGUCCAUAGACUAUGUGAUAAAUUGAAAAGGACUAAUAUUAAAUUUGAAAAGGAAAAUAAUGAAUUACGGAAAAAAGAAAAUAGUUUAAAAUUAGAAAUUGAAAAAUUAAAUAUGAACCAUGAAAAUGAAAAAAAGCUGCUUCUAGAAAAUAGUCAAAAACAAAUUGUUGAUGAUAUGAAAAAAGAAUUUCAGAAUUUACAAGAAAAAAACAAUGCCUUAUUAAAACAUAUUGAGUUAAUGGAGAGCCAGCCUAUAAAUACUCAAGAAAAAGAUAAUUUACUAACUCAACUCAAUGAAAAAGAAUCUGAAAUUCAGCAAUUAAAAAUUGAAAAUGAAAAAUUAAAUGAAGAUCUUAAAAAACAAGUAAUAGAAGUUCAACAAACAGCCAAUCGAUGGACUCAGCUAAAAGAUGCAUAUCUUAAUGAUAAAGGUCGUAUGAAUCUUUUAGAAAAUGUGAUUGAAGAAUUAAAAAUUAACAACAAUGAAUUAAAUAAUACCAAUAUAAAAUUAACUGAAAGAAUAGAAGAACUAAUGGAAAGUAUAACAAUCUCAACUUCCGAAAUUAACAUGCAUAAAGAACGUAACACGGAUUUAAUGUCUGUUAUAGAAAAUAUGCGUGAAACGUUUGAAAAAGCUAUGAAAGAGUCAUCAAUAGAGUAUGAACAAGAAAAAAAACAGUUGAUUCAACAACAUGAACAUGAUAAAAAUGCACUUACAAUUUGUAAUAAUAAAUUUAAUGAAAGUACUUCAAAACUGAAUGAUGUCACUAACCAAUUAGAUAUUGUUAUGAAAGAAAAUGAUUCUUAUAAAUGUGAAAUUUUAGAGCUUAAUAAUUGUCUUAAUAAAAAUGAAUCGAAAAUAUUGGAAUUAAAUAAUAUGAUUAGUGAAUUGCACAUGCAAACUAUUCAAAUGAAUAAUGAGUUGGCUUUUCUCAAAAAAGAAAACCACACUCUUUCUGAUAAAUUAAAUGGAUCUGUUUUUGAAAAUGAAGAAAAUAAAUUAUUAUCAGAUCGAUUUCAUAAACAGAAACAAUUAUUGAAGUUAAAAGUUAAGGCAUUAAAAGAAACUGAAAACAAUUGUUUACUUUUACAGCAACAAGUUGAAUCUUUAACAAAAGAAAUACAAAUUUCAAAUCAAAAAUCAGAACACCUUGUUCAUAAUAACAAACAAAUUAAUAGUGUUGUACAAUAUUGCGAUUUAGAGCUUCAAAAAUGUUAUGAAUUAUUAAACAAAAUGAUAACAAAAUCGAAUUUACAAAAUCGAAGUAUAAACACACUCCGUAGUGUGUUAAUUAGUAUGGGAUCAUUGUUUUCUUUUGAUGAUAGUAAUAUUAAAUUUGGUGCUGAUUUGCUUAACACUGUUGAUUCAAUUUGUAAUACUGUUUAUGAUGAUAAUGAAUUACACAUUUGUGUUAAGAAAAUUAUUUUGGGCUCCAUAAAUGUCCUAGAAUACAUAAUAAAUUUAAAUAAUAUACAUCGUUAUUCUAAAGCUCAACUGAUAGCUCGUACUGAAGUUGAAAAAUUAAUAUCUGAAGCUGUUGAAAAAGUUAAGUUGUCCACACAGAAUGAGUAUCAUGAGAAAAAUAAUGAACUCCUAAAUUUAAUUGAAUGCUUAAAAAAUGAUAAUGAUACAUUAAAAUUAAAGAUUCCUUCUAGUAUUUCUUUAGAAAAUAAAAAAGUUAUAACUGAUUUAAACGGUCCUACUUUAGAUAAUUUACUUUCUUUAAAAAACUCUAAUAUAAUUAAUAUUAAAGAUGAAAAUGAUAAAAUAAAACGAUGUUUAAGAAGUAUUUCAACAAAAUUAGGUUUGAUUAGUAUUGAUGAGACAAAUGGUGUGUUGUUACAGAACUCCUUAAAUGAACUAGAAUUAUUCAUUAAAAAAAUAAAAAAUGAAAACGAUGUGUUAAAAAAUCAGCAUAUUGAAAUUCAGAAAUCGAUUUCAAUGACAACUGUAGAAAAACCCACUGAAAAAUUCAAAUUAAAUGUUCAAAAUGCAAUUACUCAAACCGAACAUUUUGAAAAUAAUAUUGAUGGAGAAAAAUUGUCUUUAUCUACAGAAGAUUUAUGUAAUAAAGAAAUACAAUUUAUAGAAAAGUCUAAUCCUACAAAAGAUUCUGUCGUAAAUGGCAAUUCAAAAAUGUUACUUGUACGUUAUAAAAAUUUAAAAUCUCGAUUCAAAGAAGUUCGUGCUAAGACUGAUGAAUUGGAUAAAAAAAUUGUGAGUUUAACAAAUGAUUUAGAGUUCGCAAAUUCAAGAUAUAAGCAACUGAAUGAUAAAUUUAUUGAUGCUAAUGAAAUUCAUGAAACUGAUAUAGCCAAUUGUCAGUCAGAAAUUGAAAAUCUCAUUAGUGAAAAACUUGAAACUUACCGUCAGUUAACCGAAAUAAAAGAAAAACAUGAAAUAUUACAAAACGACUAUGAUCAGCUUAAAAGUAAUUUGGAUAAUGAAACAACUCCUAAUUUAAGUAAACAAAAUACAGUUUUAAAAGGAAAAUUGAAUGAAACUCAACAUUUAAUUGAUUUAGCUCAUUCAAAAAUUAUUUGUGAAUGGCCAUCAAAUGAUGCAAAUUUUGAUUGGGUUGUUGUACAAUCUAAAAAAUUGAAUAAAAUAGUUAAGGCUAAUUGUGUUCCAGUUAUAAAUAGUGAAAAUGAUUCGGAAGAUUUUUUAGAAGAAUCAAAAAUUAUGCGGUUACAAACAUGUAUACAAGUUAUCCAUGAAUUAGUAACUUUUCUUUUAACAAAUAAGUAUUUUAAUGAAUUAACAUCCACUAAUUUACUUUUUAUAAAAUUUGUAAAUCUAAUAUCUGAAUUACAAUCAUUGACUGAGACAUUGUUAGAAUACAUGUCUAUUAAAAAUAAUGAAAUGUAUUUAGUUGAUGAACGUCAUAUUGAGUUGUCUCACAAUGUUGAUAAUCAUGAUAUUAAUAUUGACUCAUCAAAUAUGCUGGCAAGUUCUGAAAAGUCAUCUAUUAAUAAACCUUCGGUUUUAAUUCAAGAAACUAUACCAGAAAGAGAAGAUAACGAACAGUUCCAGAGGGCCAUUGCUGAGCGAGAUAGAUUAAUUCAGUUUCUUUCUGAAAAAAUAUCGAAAUUGGAUAAUUUAAAUCGUAAUGUAGAAGAUAUUAGAUUAGUCCAAAAAAAACUUGAUAAAGCGUUGACAGCUGUCCACGAAAGAGAUGUUCGGUGUGAUGAAUUGACAUUAGAACUAACCAGGCUAUUAGAAGAACGAGAUAUGUUACAAUUGAAGCUAUCGAAUUCCAUCAGACAAAUUCAAUUUCUAUCUGACAGUAAGUCGCAAAUAGGUUCAUCAGAUUCAUUAAAAGAAAAUUAUGGUUCAAAAGCCAUAGAUGACAAGUUGGAAGAAUUACACAGUUUAGAAUAUAGAAAAGAUGCUGAUUUAUUUACUGACCAAGAACAGCGACAUAAGUCACAAAUGCAACUCCAUCAAAGUGAUCAAGAUGGUUCUAAGACACAUAAAACAAAAUCAUCUAAUAUAACUGAAGAAACAAGUACCUCAUUAUCUUGGAUUAAAGAUAUAUUAUGGUGAAGGGAUUAAAAUAUUGUCAAUUAUAAUUAGUUAUCUUAAUUAAUAUGUAUUUAGCAAUAAGAUUA